AUGGAGGAAGAGGAAGAGGAAGAGGAAGAAGACGACUCGUUCGAGGAUGCCGUGUGUUCCAAGACACCCGCCAGAGUCAACACGCCUCUAUCUGUAAUCACAGAAGCGUUCGAAAAUCUUGCAGAUUUGCUGAAACCUGCGGAGAAGGAUGAAGAAGAGAUCGGAUUAAGGCUUGAUGCUUUCUGCAAUGCGUGUACUCACGUCUCUAUCCUCUUCAGCUGCCUCGGAUUCGCCUUCAAAUUCGCUGAAAUGGAGUACAUCUCCAAGGUUAAGGAUCUGGUCGAGGCCUCGAAGUCAUUCGACACGUUACAGAACAUUUUGGACCUAGACGUGGAAAAAGAGACGGUGAAAACACCAGGAAGCCAUUCGCGUAACCUAAGACGUGUAAGACAAGGCUUAGAUCUAAUCAGAGCAAUCUUCGAACAGUUCUUGAUGACAGAUGAGUAUUCUUUGAAAGACGCAGCAACAACAGCUUACACACAAGUAUGCGCACCGUUCCAUACAUGGGCUGUUAGAACCGCAGUUUACGCCGGAAUGUAUACACUUCCGACUAGGGAUCAACUUCUGCUACGGCUCGAUGAAACAGAUCAAUCUGUUGAGAAGAACAUGAGGAGGUACAUGGAAGCGUCACUACCAAUCAUAGAGUAUAUUGACAAGCUUUACAUUGAAAGGAACAUAAAACUCGACUGGUGA